UGGUGGCUGCAGGAGCGCGGUGCGGGCAGAGGGCGGGUUAAAAGCGGCUGCAGGUGAACCUUAAAGCCGCGGGGAGGCGAGGCUGGGACCGAACGCUCCGCAGGCACCGCCGGGAGCAGCGCGGAGCGACGGGCGCAUCCCGAGCCGGGACAGGUAAAAGGACACAGAAAAGAAGAUGGACUGGGGAUCUCUUCAGGCCAUUUUAGGAGGUGUGAAUAAACACUCAACUGGCAUCGGGAAGAUAUGGCUCACAGUCCUGUUCAUCUUCCGUAUCAUGAUCCUCGUAGUGGCUGCGGAAAGAGUCUGGGGAGAUGAACAACAAGAUUUUGUCUGCAAUACGCUUCAGCCUGGGUGCAGAAAUGUUUGCUACGAUCACUUUUUCCCCAUCUCUCACAUCAGACUCUGGGCCCUGCAGCUGAUCUUCGUUUCCACACCUGCGCUGCUGGUGGCCAUGCAUGUGGCUUACCGGAGGCAUGAGAAGAAAAGGAGAUUCAGAAACGGUGAGAAAAUUGAUAUCGAAGAGCUGAAAAAUGAAAAGAUGCACAUUCGGGGCCCCCUGUGGUGGACGUACACCAGCAGUAUCUUCUUCAGAAUCAUCUUUGAAGCAGUCUUCAUGUACGUGUUUUAUUAUAUGUACGAUGGGUACCAGAUGCCUCGCCUGGUGAAGUGCAACGCGUGGCCCUGCCCCAACACAGUGGACUGUUUUGUGUCUCGGCCCACUGAGAAAACCACAUUUACUAUUUUCAUGCUUGCUGUGUCUGGGAUCUGCAUGAUGUUGAAUCUGGCUGAGUUGUGUUACCUAGUGAUAAAAGUUUGCAUGAAACAAUCCAGGAAAACAACGGUUUUAAAAUAAUUCCUCAGUGUCAGGAUUUUCUAGCUCCCCACUUCCCUCAAACUUUUUUAGGUGUCAAAAAUCAAUUGGCAAUAUUUUCAUACUCGAGGAAAAGGAAAAAAUUGAAAGUUUAUUCAUGUUUUAAAAAUUAUAGCCUCUCUGGGAAGCUGCCACUGAAGCAGGUUUUAAAUAGAGAGAGCAGCCUUCUGGCAGGAGCCUUUCCUAAUAUUCCUGCUGCUGGGAUCCUGGUUUUGGGGUAGAGUCACUUUUUAGAAAGUGGGUGUGGAAAGCCCUAGAGAGAGGCUCUAGUGCCCAAAGGACAUCCAGGAAUUUCAAAUGCGAAGUCGUCUUCAGAGCCGAGCCAAUAGCAAAAUCAUUGGUGAAAAGUAGGGUGAAGGGUUUUUUUGGGGCAAACUUACAGCUUGUGAAGGGGAAGAAGAUGGGGGGUGAUUGUGUUUAUAGCGUGUGUCCUAUUCACUCAAGUAUUGAGGAGAGCAAGGAAAGGGCCUAGGAAAGCAGGUACACUAUAGCAAUGCAUGCUAUCAGCUCUGCUGUUCGCCAGCAAUGGUUUAUUUGCUCCUACAGGGUUGAGGGUAGCCCGUCUUAACUGCUUGUGAAUGUCAUUAGUCUGUGCUGCCUCCCUCCUCUCACAGAGACUGCAGAAGUGGGAGGAGUGAAGUUUGUUUCUUCAUUCUCUUGGUCAGGUGGAAAAAAUUGUUAUCUUGGAUGAGAUGGGAUCAGUGCAACUGUCUUCCUUCUUCUCUUCUUCUCCCCCAACCCUUUGUAAAGAAUCUCAGUAGAAUAAAUUUUAUUUGAUGAAGAGACUUUUUACCACCUGACCAUGCCUCCUUCAGCUAUGUACCUGGAGUACAUAAUUUUUCAUUAAAAGAACAAGAAAUAUU